UGGGGGAGUUAACAGAGAGUCCACAACAAGAUCUGUCCAGUGAAAUUAUUCCAUACUCUGAAACAGAAAAAUCAGGGACAGAAGGAACACCUGCAAUUGGUAAAUAUAAUCGUUUAAAAUUCUAUAUGUUUUCUUCUGCACAAUAUGUACGUUUCAUUUGUGUCAUAUGUUAGUUAUUUGUCUAAGAUUUGAAAAACUAAGCACCCUUGGCUGGUAGUUUCUCAUCAGAAGGGACAUCAUUUUUGAAAAAAACAAAAAUAUUGUAUGGAUCUCAAAUACUGGCUCUUUUGAAGGAACAGUUGAUGGGAUAAAUUCUCUGAUUUACCUUCCCUGUGAAGGGAUAGGAAAUAUAGAAGUUUGUUCUUAAUGCUGUUUAUCCAGUUAGUCAGGGAAGCACUAUGCAUCCCCCUGAUUUAUAGGAAGUGAAAGAGUCUGUACAGUACGGUAAUUGAUAGAGAUCAGUAGAAAGAUUGAAUUGCUGCUCUCAGGUCACCAGUGUCUAAAAUUCUAAAACAGUUCCUAACAAUAGUUCUUCUCUUCAUAUUAGAAUGUCCAAGGAAUUGAGCCCAUUGGAUAAAAGCAGGAUCUUUAAUGUAAAGGGACAUUGUCCCUAUCCAAUGCUUGAUGGUAAACAGAUAGUUGUCAGCUUCAAUGCCUUAAUUGAGUUAAAGGGGCUUGGGGGUGGGUGGGUUGCCAAACCAUACAUUUUAAUUCAAAUUUCAUUUCUCACAGUGUGUGACAAUGGUGUCUGUCACUCAAGAUGGUGGGUUCCAAGGAUUCAGAAAGAUGAUGAAUUCUUCCAUUUUGUCAUUAUUUGUUUUGCUGUUGGAAUGUUAUUAGUCUGCUAUUAUAAAUAUAACAACUGGACAAUUUCCACUGGAAUUGGCUUGAUGACCUUUGCUGUCCUAGAAACAACAGGAAUAUAUUUUGGCCUUUGGCAACGCAUUCGAAGUAUCCUGGAAGCUUUCAUCCCCCUUGUUCAAAGAAUCAGAAUGCCUGGUUUCAAAAAGCUUAACUAAGCCAGAAAUCUUAAGAGCACUGCAAAAAUCGUGUUUGGUUUCAUGACUGCAGUGACAACUGUAACAAUGUGCAAACAAUAUAAAUGUCUGGGCUAAAGAAUUGAGAUCCUAGGACUGGAGCUGAUAAGAUGGGAUGAAGAGCUUGGGCCAUCCAAACACAGCACAGACGCCAUCCACAGCUCCACAACUGCCUGAAAGGAAAUGGCCUUCAAGUAGUCCUUUACAAAGAAUGGGUUGGAGAAAUCAACUCAGGAUUUAAACCAUGGCACAUGCAUAUAAUAUAGUUAGACUUCCAGACUCUUUAGAAGCUGUUUUUAUCAUUAUUAGAGAUGCUGGUACUGCAAUAAAGUUUCUUAUCUAUCCCCAA